GGUGUUUGUGCGGAGAUGGGAAGAGGGAAGCAUGGCUGAGAAUGGAACCGGCACGAGCUGGUUCCCUGCCUGCAGUCUUUUUCCACGUACGUGUAUUUGUUCUCAGCCCGGUAAUGCUUCUUAUCGGCAUUCCGUUGGCAGUGUUUCAAGAGGCUUCGCAUCUUAGAACCCUAUGCGCAGCGAACCCAAGCCUAAAUGCCCGUUUCACGCAUGCUCUAGGAUGUCUCCGACCAUUUCCGUCCUGGCUCCUGAAAGUCUCACAGGCAUAACUUGGUGAACUCUUUCGCCUGUGAUGCACAUCGUUGCUCUGUCCCGAUGGGCCUUGCAAUGGCUCCCUUUGCUUGCGCUUUUCGCCUCUUUUGCGGGAGUGCGUGCGCAAACCAGUUCAAGCCCUUCCGUGAGGCCGUCUCAUACUUGCAACGAUCCUGAGGGUUGCGACUCAGAUGGAGAAGAUAGUCCAGAUGAUGAGGAAGACUCGAACAGCACCCGUACUCAUCGACCAAGCGGCACGGGACGAAGUUCUGCAGGUGGCGAUCCUACAGGCAGUCUAUCAGCUGGAACUGGUCCUUCGGGUAGUUCCCUAGGUCCGUCUGAUGGCUCAGCAGAUAGUGGUUCGUCCAGACUUUCUGGCGGAGCGAUCGCAGGCAUCGUCUUCGGAAUAUUUGUUUUUAUUCUUCUAGUUGGUGCCAUAUUCCUGCUCUGGUGGCGGAGGCGACGACAGUUGGCAGCCAGGAACAAUUCCCGAGAUAGUUCACAAUCCACGGCAGCGUUGGUAUCGAAUGCUCCUGUCUCAACCCAGCCUGCCUUCGCCAGACGUCCAACUUCGAUUCCAUGGAUAUCCCCAAUUCUUCCAACUACAGGCGAAAUUGCGGGUGGUGCGCAUACCGCCGGUCAAGGGACUGCACAUCGCCGCUUGUCCGGUUCAGCGAAUACAUUUCCUAAUCCAUACGACACCAUCUAUCAUGAUGACCCGCCUCAGUCACCGUCAUCACCGACCUCACCUAACCACCAACGCGAUCUACCUCCACUACCCGAAGGCGCUGCCUUACCUCGUCCGACGUCAACUACAAGCAGCACUUUCGAUGCCCCUUCCACUGCACCCUCCUCGUUUCCCUAUUCAGCUCUUUCCCAUCAGCCCGAAGCUGGGACAAGUUCGAACACGGUUGCUGCCGAGAAUGAAGCACUACUCAUGACAAGUUAUCAAAAGAGGCUGGAAAAUCAUCAUAGGAAAGAAUCUGAAGAUGCCGUGCUAGGUCGUGGAGUGCCAGCCGAUCCUCCGCCUGAGUAUCGUGUGAAUGAGGAUGAAGGAUAAGAGCUUGUCAUCGUUUGGACUUAGACGAGAGUGUUAUGACAUUGAAGGACAUUUUCUUGGUUCGGGACAUUAACGCCGACAUGUAACGCUCAGACGAAUUAGUAUUUAUGUUGUAGCAUCAGGGACAAGCAUUCUUUGCUCCAUCACGCGC